CGCGGGCGCCGGGGCAGGUGGAUCAGACCGGAGCUGUGCGCUGCGCUCCCGGGCGCACGAUGGGCAACUGCGCGGGCCGCAGCGACUUCGAGUGGGUCUACACCGACCAGCCGCACACGCAGCGGCGCAAGGAGAUGCUGGCCAAGUACCCGGCCAUCAAGGACCUGAUGCGGCCAGACCCACAUAUCAAGUGGACGGUGACAGGGCUGGUGCUGCUGCAGCUGCUGGCCUGCUGGCUGGUGCAGGGGCUGGCCUGGCGCUGGCUCUUCUUCUGGGCCUACGCCUUUGGCGGCUGCGUGAACCACUCCCUGACGCUGGCCAUCCACGACAUCUCCCACAACACUGCCUUCGGCACCGGCCGCCCUGCCCACAACCGCUGGUUCGCCAUCUUCGCCAACCUGCCCGUGGGCGUGCCCUACGCGGCCUCCUUCAAGAAGUACCACGUGGACCACCACCGCUACCUGGGUGGCGAUGGGCUGGAUGUGGACAUCCCCACGCGCCUGGAGGGCUGGCUCUUCUGCACGCCGGCCCGCAAGCUGCUGUGGCUGGUGCUGCAGCCCUUCUUCUACUCGCUGCGGCCGCUCUGUGUCAACCCCAAGGCCGUGACCCGCAUGGAGGUGCUCAACACCCUGGUGCAGCUGCUGGUCGACGCCGCCAUCUUUGCCCUUUGGGGCAUCAAGCCUGUAGCCUACCUUCUGGCCAGCUCCCUGCUGGGCCUGGGCCUGCACCCCAUCUCGGGCCACUUCGUGGCCGAGCACUACAUGUUCCUCAAGGGCCACGAGACCUACUCCUACUACGGGCCCCUCAACUGGAUCACCUUCAACGUGGGCUACCACAUGGAGCACCACGACUUCCCCAGCAUCCCGGGCUGCAACCUGCCCCUGGUGCGGAAGAUUGCGCCCGAGUACUACGACCACCUGCCGCAGCACCACUCGUGGGUGAAGGUGCUCUGGGAUUUUGUGUUCGAGGACUCCCUGGGGCCCUAUGCCAGGGUGAAGCGGGUGUGCAAGCUGGCAGAGGACCGCCUAUGAGCCCUGCCAGGGAGCCUGCGACCUGACCCUGCCCACACUGCUCGGCUGGCUGCUGCUUCCCCCAUGCCCAUGGGCAGUGCCCCAGACGGGUUUGGCUGCAUUGAUUCUGGCUUUUGUCCCCAGAGCCCUGGGAGUUGCCAUCAGCAGCCAUGCCUGUCAACAGUGGGCCCAGGCUGCGUCCUGGUCUGCACAGGGACUCUCAGUGGACCUUUUUGGGCUCAAUGGGCAAGGGCUCAAUGUCCUGGGCCCAUGAUCCUCACGGAGCUGACUUCUCUGGAUUCUUGUGCCCUAAAUUAAACCCAGUGCUUGUUUUCACA